AUGGAAGCGGCCGGGCCAAGGAGGUUGGAGGCUGUUCUUGUAGUCUGGGCUCUGACCCGACACAUGGUGGGAAGGUACCGCAGGCCUUUCCGCACGACGGUCUCUCGCCAGGCGGACGGCAGACGGCAGAGACUUGGGGCUGCAGGACUGGAGGCGGGUCAGGAGUCUACCGCAGGGGUCCGAGGGGCGGAGAGGUGCCGCACAGUGGCGGGGCGUGACGGCGUGAGAGUGCCCGGCUGUGGCUUAGGAACCAGCUGUGGCUGCCCCCUCCUCCUUCCCCGUCAACCGGCCCGCUGGACCGAGUCGCUGACCAUCUACAUGGCCCUCCCCCGCCCGUUCCAUCAUCUGGUCCCUAUCCAUCACCUGAUGGUCACGGGGGAGAGAGAAUCAAACGUGGCCCCGGUGAUCACACCUGUUGACGGCACCCUCACCAGUGGCAUCGUCAUCGCCGAGGUCGUCACCGUCACCAGCUGGCCUCCCGAGCACCCGUCUGCUCUGCGACCUCCGAUUGCUUUGACUUUAAUCUUGAGAAGCCACUGGUUGUGGACGGUGCUGUGA